AUGACGGUGGAGCCGGUCGUUGCAUUACCCGGCGAGCUGCGCUACAUACAGUACCAACAUGCUCUCGAAGACCAGUACCUCCCCGCCAUCCGAGCCUUGAUCUCCAAAGAUCUCAGCGAGCCCUACAGCAUAUACGUCUACCGAUACUUCCUGUACCAAUGGGCUCACCUAUGGGCCAAGGAUGCUAAUAGCAACUCCCGGUGGCAGGCCCUCAACCCCCAGGACAACUCCCUCGUCGGCGUUGUCAUCUGCAAGCUGGAACACCACGCAUCGCACUCGCCGCCCACCUACCGAGGAUACAUUGCCAUGCUAGCCGUGGCGUCGGCCCAUCGCGGCCAUGGCAUUGCCACCGCGCUCGUCAAGAAGGCGAUUGAUACAAUGGCCGAGAGGAACGCCGACGAGAUCGUGCUCGAGACCGAGGAGUCCAACAAGCCGGCCAUGCGCCUGUACGAGCGCCUGGGCUUUCUGAGGUCCAAGAAGCUACAUCGCUACUAUCUGAACGGCAACAGCGCCUACCGGCUCGUCUUGCUGCUCAAGUCGCAGAUACCCCCUCUUCCCAGCGUGGAUGCGAACCCCGACGGCCAGCGCCAGUCCGACUAG